UUUUUCAGAAAAGAAUUCCACAAGACUUUCUGAAGGAAGACAUCAUCAGGUUAAGUUAGCAAUCGAAGACAUUGUGUUUUGAAAUAUGAUUAAUCUCCUGAUGCAGCAUCAGAGGCUCACAGUAUUAAUGGCCAUAUUUAGUGCUCACAUGGUCUUCUGAAGAAGCCAUGGGUAGCUGCUGUAGCUGUCCAGAUAAAGACACUGUCCCAGAUAACCGUCGGAACAAGUUUAAGGUCAUUAAUGUGGAUGACGAUGGGAAUGAGCUAGGCUCUGGCAUCAUGGAGCUCACAGACACAGAGCUGAUUUUAUACACCCGAAAACGGGACUCGGUAAAAUGGCACUACCUCUGCCUGCGGCGGUACGGCUAUGAUUCAAAUCUGUUUUCUUUUGAAAGUGGUCGAAGAUGUCAAACUGGACAAGGGAUCUUUGCUUUUAAGUGUGCCCGUGCAGAAGAAUUAUUUAACAUGUUGCAAGAGAUUAUGCAAAAUAAUAGUAUAAAUGUAGUGGAAGAGCCCGUUGUAGAAAGGAGUAGUCAUCAGACGGAACUGGAGGUCCCUAGAACACCUCGAACACCUACAACACCAGGGCUUGCUGCUCAGAGCUUACCUAACGGGUACCCCCGCUACCCCUCCUUCGGAGAUGCUUCAUCCCACCCGUCCAGCCGGCACCCUUCUGUGGGAAGUGCUCGCUUACCUUCAGUUGGUGAAGAAUCCACACACCCUUUGCUCGUGGCUGAGGAGCAAGUUCAUACUUAUGUAAACACUACAGGUGUGCAAGAAGAGCGAAAAAACCAUGCAAGUGUGCAUGUUCCCACAGAGGCAAGAGUUUCUAAUGCUGAAAGCAACACACCAAAAGAAGAACCAAGUAGCACUGAUGACAGAGACCCUCGGGUUCUUCUUAAACCCGAAGGAGUCAAGUUUGUUUUAGGACCAACCCCUGUUCAGAAGCAGUUAAUGGAAAAGGAGAAACUGGAGCAACUUGGACAAGACCAAGUUAGUGGGACUGGUGCGAAUAGCACAGAAUGGGACACUGGCUAUGACAGUGAUGAACGAAGAGAUGUGCCCCCUGUUAACAAGCUGGUGUAUGAAAAUGUAAACGGGCUGUCUAUCCCUAGUGCCUCGGGGGUCAGGAGAGGUCGUCUGACAUCCACCAGCACCUCAGAUACUCAGAAUAUCAACAACUCGGCUCAGAGAAGAACUGCAUUAUUAAACUAUGAAAACCUACCGUCUUUGCCUCCCGUUUGGGAAGCCCGCAAACUCAGUAGGGAUGAAGAUGACAGUUUAGGACCAAAGACUCCAUCUCUAAAUGGCUACCAUAGUAACCUAGACCCAAUGCAUAACUAUGUUAAUACAGAGAAUGUAACAGUGCCGGCAAGUGCUCACAAAAUAGACUAUUCAAGGCGUCGAGAUUGUACACCAACAGUCUUUAACUUUGAUAUCAGGCGCCCCAGUUUAGAACACAGGCAACUCAACUAUAUACAGGUGGAUUUGGAAGGCGGCAGUGACUCUGAUAACCCCCAGACUCCAAAGACGCCUACCACUCCCCUUCCACAGACCCCUACCAGGCGCACAGAGCUGUAUGCUGUGAUAGACAUCGAAAGAACUGCUGCUAUGUCCAAUUUGCAGAAAGCACUGCCACGUGACGACGGUACAUCUAGGAAAACUAGACAUAAUAGUACUGACCUGCCCAUGUGAGCCUGGAAAGCAUUACAUUGUUUGCACCUUCAUGAAGUUUUUAAAAAUGAAGAUGCAAUCCUUCAUUUUCAUUUAUACACUAACUCCUUUUAUAGACUGAUAAACUUUUUUCCUGAAUAUUUCAUGUGCAUCUUUAAAGGGAAUUAAUGUAGAGCAGGUACUCAUUAAAGAACACUAAUUUCAUUAUAUUCUACUCAUUGUUGUACGGCAGCAUUCCCAUGUUCACAGUGCCUAUUUAAAAUGAGAUCUGAAGUGAAUGACAUGCUGGUUGGUUUAUAUUCAAUAUCCUGGACAAUGCAUUUCUUUCAUGUCUAAGUUGUGGUUGGCAUUUAAACCUUUUAUAAAGUCUCUCGAUAUGUUCAUUGCUAACGUAACUCUAGGCUUUGAGAGUAACACUCGUAGAUUCACUGUUCACAGUAUAUGGUCUCCAGCAUGUAACGUGAGGAUCUUAGUUUGUUAAUUAAAGGCUUUUUGACUUGGGCCAAAACUUGUGUAAAAGAAACAAGAGAACCACACCUCCUUUUGUACCAGUCAGCUCCUCUGUCUUUCAAUGUUACUAGACAGAGUCCAGUAUCAUGAAUAUAGUUGUGUAUUGGAAGGCAGGCAGGAGACUAUUUGUUUACUCAUCUCAUGGUGUCAUUUGAAGGGCAUGUCCAGAUAUUAUCUUACUCAGAAUUAUGGUGGAUUUAGGAAUCAGUCUCAGGUCACUCUACCCAAAAACAUUUUAAAAUCCACACCAUGAUCUCUUGGCAUUUCUUUGCAAUAGAUUUUGACAUCACGUUGUUUCUGGAGACAUUUAUGCCAUUAAAUUCCCGUUUAGCUUCAAGUUUUUUCCCCUUUGGUAUUUGGGUGUCUUACUUUAUGUAAAAGUGUCUUUUAUUUGCCUGAUGUAAUUGUCUUCUCUGAGGCUCACUGCCUUUGUCUGCUAACCUUUGUCUAGUCCUGGAAGCUUCUAGCCUCCGUACAAUCUAAUCUAGGCCUAGAAUGUUCUCAGCUUCUGGGACUGACUGCUGAAUAAAUUCACCCUUCCUGGCUCUUUGAACUCUGGCUGGCUACUUCAACUCAGCUAUUUUGACUCAAACUGCUCUCCAAGCUGACUGAUUCAAUCUGGCUUCUCUUAGCUUCUGAGUGAAUUGCUCUGCUCAGCCUCAUACUAACUGUGGCAAUGCAUUCUAAUCUCCUGGCUCCUCCUCAUUCUCUGACUGGUUCUCUAUUCACCUGUGUCUAGCUUGUUCUCUCUCCAAGUUGUCUCUGUAAAACUCUCCCAGUAAAACGGCCUCCUCCCUCCCUCUGUGCUAUUCUUUCUUAAGUAGCUUCUUUUCCCUCUGUUCUCAUGAGAGUUGGGCAUAUCCUAUUCUGUCAAAUCUUUUCUUAUUCAUCACUUUGUCGGCCUCAAUUAGACAUCACUUUGAAACAUGGGUGCUUCCUUCUACAAACUGACUUUACCUUCAUUGUUUUGGAUUAAAGGUGUGUACUAAGAGUGUGUCUGCAUUCCAGCCGGAUCACACAGAACCUGGAAGGUCUUUGGAUGUGAUCAGAGCAGCCAUGUUGCUGGAUUAAAAUUUCCUCCCUAAGUUUGUUUUAUAAUGUCUUUUUCAAUUUUUCACAAUACAAUGCUUGAGUUUGUGUAUCACUUUGGAAUGGGAUUGUGUGUUUAUUGUUACUGAGUUUGCAUGUUUGUCAAGUCAUGGUCUUGAGGGUCCAUUUGGAACUUAUUUUCUCACAGGGUUGCCCUUGUCCAGUAUUUAUUUAUCUGCUGUUUACUUUUCAAGCUGGUGACAAGAAGCAUUGUCUCAAUUUUAAAUUUCAUUUGUGUCCAUAGGUGAUCUGUUUAGUAGCUAAGAAAAAGAAGGUACUCUUAAGCAUUUAAGUUUCCCACAGGUACUGUCCCCGUGUGGGCGUGUCCCCAGCACUUUAGCAGGGAUGCUCCCAGUGACAUGGCUGCAGGCCCACUCUGCUGCCCUCUCACUUGGAGCUGGGCUCCAUCAUUUUGGUGAGCUAUUCAUGUUGUUGCCAGCAUAGCAGGUACAGAGAAGUCUUGAAGCAACGCGAUUAUGUCAUAAUUGAGGAUCUGAAAUGAACUAAAGUUUAUAUAAACUACUAAGAGUCCAGAUGUUGAACUGUUGGAAAUUAAGAAUGUUCCAGGUUCCCAAACCACUGUAUAAUAAAAAGAAGAGUAGAAGGGCAGGUAACACUAUAAGAUAUCUUACUUUUU